AUGGCCGACGAAGAUGAGGCACCUCCUGAGGUGCACCAUUACAGUGAUCUGCAAGAAGUACCAUGGGAUAUCCAAAAUUACUGGUCUCAGCGUUACCGCAUCUUCUCCAAAUAUGACGAAGGAGUUUGGCUGACAGAUGAUGCCUGGUUUGGAGUAACUCCAGAGCCCGUUGCUAACCAGAUCGCGGCACACAUCGCAGAGAGGGCACCUGCAGGCCGCAGCAUCUUGAUUGAUGCAUUUGCCGGUGCUGGAGGCAAUACGAUCGCCUUCGCCAAGACUGGAAAGUGGAAGCGAGUUUAUGCAAUUGAAAAGAAUCCUGCUGUCCUACAAUGUGCCAGGCAUAAUGCGAAGAUCUAUGGGGUGGACAAACAGAUCACUUUCUUCGAAGGGGACUGCUUCCAGGUCCUCAAAAACCAGCUUAAAGACCUGGCCCCAUACAGUGUCAUCUUCGCAAGUCCUCCAUGGGGUGGACCGGGAUAUCGCUCUGAUGAGGUUUUCAAUCUGAAGACCAUGGAGCCAUACUCCCUGGAGACUCUUUACAAGGAAUACUCUGCCUUCAGUGAACACAUGGCUUUGUAUUUACCCAGGACCUCGGAUGUGAAGCAAUUAGCGAAAUUCGCCCAGGGCAACGGCAAGGCGGCAGUGAUACACUACUGCAUGGAGGGUCACAGCAAAGCGUUGUGCAUUUACUACGGUGGUUUUAAUGUAAAAUCAUAA